CUCACGGUCACACUUACACCCACACAUUCGUCGCUGCGCUGCAAAGUGUUCCAAUAUUUAUUGCAAAAAUGCUGUGAAAAUCCAUAAAAACGGUUCAUUUGAAUGCCAAAUCAUAGACAACGGAUGGCCGCAUAGGCGUGGGCAGUGAAAUUCGCGAGCUACUUCCCCGAAAAUGCAGCAAGAAAUAAUCGCGAAAAACGAUGAAAUCUAGUCAAUCAAAUUUUGUGAAUGGACGGGAAAGAGACGGAAGACGGGGAGCAAACGAAAAACGCAAAUAAAAAGUGACACGCAGAAAGCACCUAAAGUGCAAUAUAUUUAACUAUACUAGAGAUUUGUUCAAAAUAUAAAUAUAAAUAAAAAUAAUCGAAAAGUUAAGUGUGUGUGUGGUGCGAGUGUGGGAGCCUCACUCUCUCUCUCUCUCUGUCUUUCUCUUCCCCUACUUUGUUGUUGAUCUGGUGGGGUUGAAAAGCCAUUGCCUGCAUAACGGUUAACGCGUGACGUACGACCCAAACAGCAGUCAAGUGCACCACCCUACCCGCCCACACCCUUUACACAAAGUAAGAGAGAGAGAUCUUUUGAUCCACACAAACGGCAUUCAUCAUGAUGGACAACGAUGAUACCCUGCUCAACAAUGGAGGCCCACAGUCUGGGGCAGAAACAGUCUAUGGAACUGAGGACAACAACAUGGUCAUGUCGGAGAAGAAUGAACAGGUUGUCAGCAUCGUCCAACAACUGGCUGGUAGCAUUUAUCAGGAGUUCGAGCGGAUGAUCAAUCGUUAUGACGAGGAUGUAGUGAAGAACCUGAUGCCGUUGCUGGUGAACGUGCUGGAGUGCCUAGAUGCCUCCUAUCGCAUCAAUCAGGAGCAGGACGUCGAGGUGGAGCUGCUGCGCGAGGACAACGAGCAGCUGGUGACACAGUAUGAGCGGGAAAAGAGUGCCCGCAAACAGUCCGAACAGAAGCUAUUGGAAGCCGAGGACUUGGCCGAGCAGGAGAACAAAGAGCUGGCUACUCGCUUAGAAUCGGUGGAAAGCAUUGUGCGGAUGCUGGAGCUGAAGCACAAAAACAGUCUAGAGCACGCCAGUCGCUUGGAGGAGAGGGAAGCGGACCUCAAGAAGGAGUACAACAAACUUCACGAGCGGUACACUGAGCUGUUUAAGAAUCAUGUGGACUACAUGGAACGCACUAAGAUGCUGAUGGGCUCGACGCACUCCCAAAUGAGCACCGCCUCAGAUCGCAUGGAUGUUAGUCGAGCGAGAUUGAAUCCGGUGGCUCGCAGCUCGGGACCCGUUUCCUAUGGAUUUGCUUCGCUGGAGAAUUCCGUGAUGUUAGACACCGAAACCAUUUGCAGUGUGGGCAGCCAGUCGGAUGACUCGGGACCGCCGUCUCUGCAGAACGAGCUGGACAAUUUGGGAACAGUGGAACGUGGAGCUGCCACCGAUGCACUGCAGCAGCAACACCAGGCCACCUCACCCCAAAGUCCAGACAGUAGUCCAGUUGUGCCAAAUGUGCCCACAAAUGUUGGUCGUUCGACCACCAAAAAGGAGCAGCGCUCAGAUAACAAUCUCUACCAAGAGCUGUCCUUCCAGGACAAUGAGGAGAGCGAAGAGAAUGAGAUUGUCACAGGCAGCUGGGUUCAUCCCGGGGAGUAUGCGUCCUCAGCUAACGACAACUAUUUUGGCAUGGGCAAGGAGGUUGAAAAUCUUAUCAUGGAAAACAAUGAGCUGCUGGCCACCAAAAAUGCGCUCAAUAUUGUCAAGGACGAUUUGAUUGUAAAAGUAGAUGAGCUCACUGGAGAGGUUGAAAUUGUUCGCGAGGAGCUCAAUGCCAUGCAGCAGUCGCGGACCAAGUUGAGGCAGCGUAUCAGUGAGCUUGAAGAUGAGCUGAAAAAGGCUAAGGAGCAAGUCAAGCAGCAAAACACUGAACAAGAGGAGAACGAUGUCCCAUUGGCCCAGCGCAAGAGAUUCACCCGCGUAGAGAUGGCCAUGGUGCUAAUGGAGCGUAACCAGUACAAGGAACGCUUGAUGGAGUUGCAGGAGGCAGUGCGCCUCACAGAAAUUCUUAGAGCCUCCCGUACUGUAGAUAAUUUGGACAGGAAGUCAAAGCAGAGCAUUUGGAAGUACUUUAGUAAUCUUUUUACCCCCUCCAACCGCCCAACGGAACGCGUUGCGGACGGUCUCGGAGGGGGGCCGAUGUUUCGUCACACCGGCGGAGGAAGCCCUGCCCAUAGCCACGGAUCCCCCAGCCGAGGAAGUGGAGGUGGGGACAAUCGCCUGGCCCUAACCAGCGGCCAGCCACCUGUGCAUCCGGCCAGUGCUGGUCUUGCCAACGCCCUCAUCAUGCCGAAGGAUUAUGCCGAAGAGGGUACAUCCGAGAGGAUAAGUGCGAGGAGGCGAGAGCAAUACCGUCAGCUACGCGCACAUGUCCAAAAGGAGGAUGGGCGGUUGCACGCCUACGGUUGGAGUCUGCCGAUAAAUAAAGCCAGCCAAGAAGCGAAUCCUAACCGUCAUUCGGGAGGUGUCCCCGUUCCCGUUUACUGUAAUCCAUUGGCAGAGGCCUCUCCCCAUAUGAAAGUGUUCUGUGCGGCGGGAGUCAAUCUGCACGGUGGCUUCACAAAGAAUGGGCAAUCACUGAUACCUGCCAACUCACCAUAUGCUCCGAAAUCCACGCUCAAAAUAGCUGAAAUUACCAGUCCUACGGCGGAUCAGAGCAUGGAGGCGUUGGACAGGCAAAUGGCAAGAGUUAGCCUGGAGAUGCUGGAGCCGGAGACGCAACUUAGUUCGUUCGUUUGGAUCUGCACAAGUACCCAUGCUGCCAGUACGGUCAGUGUGGUGGAUGCCAAUCAAUCGGCAACCGUUCUGGAUGCCUUUCCCAUCUGCGCAUCGCAUUUACUCUGCAUUGCGUCCGUCCAAGGAGCAAUGGAGAGUGAUUAUGCUCUGCUGGAGCAAUCGGAAGUGGUAAAGGCGGGUGAAAUGCUGCAAAGACCGGGCGAAGGUGCAGAGUUACUCGGCAAAGUAGAGUUUAUUCGAGUUAAACCAAAGUCUGACGAUGAGCAGAACAGUAAUGCUAAGCAGCAACAGGAAGAGGAGGAGGCCAAGGAAGCAACAGAGAAGUCCAACGAGCAGUUGCCGGCGGUAAAUGCUGAAGAGCCUCUUGGCAAUGUGGAGGCCAUCAAGAUACGCCAGGCACUGCCAGGAGCACCGCAGCGACUAUCCACGGAUAGUAACCAGACAAACAACAACAAUAACACAAGCAGCAAUCUUCUUUAUGCCACCAAAUCACUGAAUCCCAUACUGGACACUAAGGAUCGCGAUGAACCAUCGAUGAGCUCGGUGGGUCCCACUAUGUGGCUCGGCGCCCAAGAUGGAUGGCUUUACGUGCACAGCAGCGUAGGAAGGUGGCACGAGUGCCUGCACCGAGUUCUCCUGCCGGACGCUGUGCUGGCGAUUGUUCAUGUAGAGUCGAGGGUCGUUGUGGCUUUGGCCAAUGCUCAGUUAGCCGUGUUUCGCCGCCAGACAGACGGCCAAUGGGAUCUGAAUAGCUAUCACCUGGUGACGCUCGGUGAUCGCAACCAUUCGAUACGUUGCCUCUGUGUGGCAGGCGAGCGCAUUUGGGCGGCGCACCGCAACAAGAUAUUUAUCGUUGAUCCCGUAUCGCUCAACAUUGUGCAUUCGCUGGACGCGCAUCCGCGCAAGGAGAGCCAGGUGCGCCAAAUGGCGGCCACUGGAGCUGGUGUCUGGGUAUCUAUCAGACUGGACUCCACGUUGCGGCUGUAUAAUACGCACACAUUCGAGCACAAGCAGGACGUGGACAUUGAGCCGUAUGUGUCAAAAAUGCUUGGCACCGGAAAGCUGGGCUUUAGCUUCGUCCGAAUCACUGCACUGAUGGUGUCCUGCAAUCGUCUGUGGAUCGGCACCAGCAAUGGCGUGAUUAUUUCAGUGCCACUUGCCGAAGUGCAGCCAAAGUCGUCAUCCGAUCCACAUGGUCAGAUGCCGCUCUGCUGUAUGGCUAAUGCUCAACUCUCCUUCCACGGCCACCGGGAUGCAGUUAAGUUCUUCGUUUCGGUGCCCAUGCUCCAGCAGCCGAAUCUGAAUGGCGGACUAACCUUCACUAACAAACGACCCGAUAUGCUGGUCAUGUGCGGCGGCGAGGGUUACAUCGAUUUUCGCAUAAAUGAUAAUGACAUGGAGAACAGUAUUCAACUGGAACCAAAUCAAACGAUCGAAAAUCGAGGAGAUAAGAGUUACUUGAUUGUGUGGCAUGUUAGUCAACGUUAAAACCGAUUUAUUGGUUUAAGUGCAAAUGAAUAGUUUUAGCAGUUAAAUGAUGUAUAAUCUUAUAAUACGAUGUGUAGCUACACAACUGCAAGCUAACGAAAGGAAUACCUUAAACUUUAGUAUUUAUCUAACCUACCUUAAAAGCUACCACGAUGACAAAAUGGGUUCUAUAAACUAAUUUAGUUAAACAAUUUUAAAAUUUUGGGCCGUGAGGCUACCCCCAAUUGUUUCUUAUUGCUUCAAUUAAACCAAAAAAGAAAAGCAAAGUUAUUUGUCAGUGAUAGCCGGCUAAAUAUUUCAAAAUAUACAUAUAAUAAAGUGUAAUAAGAUUUAAAUUUGUACAUUUUAUGCUCUACGCUGGCAGCAAGUUAUGUAUUUUGCAUAGACAAAAAAAAAACACCACAUUUAUAUUUAAAUAUAAUUAUAUUAAAACAUAAUUAAUAUAGAAAUAAGCGCCUUUUCAAUGGAAUUUCAGCGUGAUUCUUUGUCCAAAUAUGUAGUAAAAUCUUAAUUUCUUGUAUCCAUAUUUUGUAUUUUAUUGUGAAGCGCGACGAUGAGCAAUUUAUGAUUAGUUAUUUUGUUAAAUAAUUUUAAAAUUUAGUUGAAAAAUUUCUUACCCUAACUUCGAUUGUUAUUCAUUUGUUUGUAAGCCUAUGUUUUAUAAUAAAUGUAAACUGACCAAUA